AUGGCGUCGAAGUUGAUACAAGUUCAAUCAAAGGCAUGUGAGGCUUCAAAGUUUGUUGCAAAGCAUGGAACUUCUUACUACAGGCAGUUGCUUGAGAAGAACAAGCAUUUUAUCCAGGAGCCUGCCACUGUUGAAAAGUGUCAAGAGUUGUCUAAGCAGCUUCUCUACACCCGUCUUGCUAGCAUUCCCAAACGCUAUGAAACCUUCUGGAAGGAGCUAGACUACGCAAAGAACUUAUGGAAGAACAGAACCGAUCUGAAGGUAGAAGAUGCUGGAAUCGCUGCAUUGUUUGGUCUUGAAUGCUUUGCUUGGUACUGCGCAGGAGAAAUCACCGGCAGAGGGUUCACCUUCACCGGCUAUUACCCUUGAAAGAGACCAACAAUAACUUGAAACCACAUCACUUGCUCCGUAUUUUAGUUUCCAUGAUUCUCUCUGAAUCAAUUUUUUCCAGUUUUGGAGCUGAGAAACAUCCAUUUUACUGAACUCUCACUGAGAUAAGCUUGAGAUUAAUAAGAACAAAAUUUUAAAGAGGAAGUUUCUUUAUAUUUUGCUUUCUCUUUAUAUAUUUUCUUUUUAAAAAAAACAUUGGUCUGUUGCAAAUACUCCAAAUUUA